AUGAGGCAGGUUGAGGUGGGGGGGCUGCAGUACUGGAGUGGGGAGAACCAACUUACUGAUGACCGGGCAGGUGGCUGGGACUGGGCCGCGGGCCGGCCCAAUCCGAGCGCGGCGCAGACAGCUCCCGCUUCAGGGAUAGGAGAGAAAGGAGGGACUGAACCUAUCGGAUUGUGCCGGGAGGGGGUUUCCUGCCCGCGCGGAUCCGCCCACGGCCUCCCGGCCAGUCGGCGCCGCAGCCCCGCCCGCCCGCCGCGCGCGUCCCGCCCCUCUCCGGAGAGCUACGCGGCGGCUGAGCGGAGGCCUCGUGCCGUAACGGCCAUCGCGGCGGCCGCGGCGGUCUCCCGGUGCCCUCCUCAGGUGAGCUGGGGCCGCACGGACCCGGCAGAGGGAAGGUGAGACGGUCCUGCCGGUAGGCAGACGCACAGACAGCCUUUCCUUUCCCCGUGCGUCCACACAGCCUGUUACUCGCUGCGUUGCUUCCUCUUCGGCGAAGUUAGCCCCCCGGGCGCCGUCUGCCGGCC